AUGAAUAAAAAAAACGAUAUUUUGGAAAAGAAAAAGUUUGGAAUACAAUACACAUACAGUCUAUCUGAUCAAAAAAAGAAAUAUAGAAACAGACCAAAACAUAUCGCAAUCCAUGACCAUCAAAUCAAAUUAACCAAAACUAAGGUCAACUUGGAUUGA